UAAAGCACAGCAGCUCUGCUCCCCUUUAUCGCUCUACAACCAGGUACAACCAGUGCUCCUUGUAGAUGUCUCCGUGCUCCGCUGGCGAUAUGAGGAUGGUCGCUCUAACUUUAGCCACCUCGGGCAAGACGCCGGCGGUGGUGACGAUUUCGGUGUGCGGCGGCGCAGGUGUGGAUCUUGGCGGCGUAGGGCGGGCUCUGGGACUGGAGCCCUCUACUGUUACGCUCAAUGGCCACUUCAUCAGCCGCGGAGCCGAUCAUGUAUCUAAGCUUGAAUGGAGCUCUCUCAUUUCCUUCUUCUCUGCACGCGGUCUCCCCGACGGCGGUUCCCUACUCGGUCCCAUCGUUGUUUGGGGAAAGCCUAUUGCCAGUACAGAACACGUGGAUCGCCCAAGUUUCAAAAGAAAAUCUACAAUAAAUGAUGAAAAUCCCUACAAAAAGAGUCGAUUUUUGGAAGGCUACUCCAAGAAGCAGAAUGUGGGAACCAGGCAUUUGGCUUAUAACAGUUGCCUUGGUAUCAAGAGACAACUGAAGUUAGUUGAUGACUAUUCAUCCAAGAAGGGGAAGAUUGGUGAAUGCAGUUCAGAUUCAUUCAUUAUUUACACAGAUUAUCAUUCCUCUCCCAACAUGAAAAAUAUUGAUCGCCUGUGCUCCAAUGGAGAAGGCAGCGCCAUAGAUCGGAAUUUUGGUGCUGAGCAAGAGGAUGAUGAUGCUGACUUCCUCUGUAUCAAUAAACGGCUGAAGUUAGAUGAUGACCUCCGUAUCAAGAAAGCGAAGAUUGAUGACUCUAAUUCUGGUUUACUUAAUGAAGCAUCCAUCUUUGCUAUGGCCUCUACAGAAAGUGAGUGGUUGAACUGCAGCAUCAUCAAUGCAUUUGGGAAGCGAUUAAGGGAAGAUGAUAUGGCUCUUUCUGUUUCUUGUAAGAAGAUAAAAUGAUUUUAUUUCCAUUAAUUAGGGUUUAAGCAAUAUUCCAUCUUCAUAAUCUGUGUUUACUUCGUAAAUUAAUUUUUAUAUGGUUGCAGUUUUCUGCUAGAGACGCAAA